AUGCAAAGAAGUCAUUUUCCCGGAUAUAGUCAAUGUAUAAUAUGUCGCAGUCUUGUAGCACAAAAAGAAAUUCAUAAUCAUAUACUGAGUUGUCGGUCAGGAUCAUUAACUGACUAUAAAUUAUGCACCUUUUGUAACCAACAAAUACCUAUUCAACAACAUCAACAACACGUUGAAACCUGUAAUCAACAGAAAGAUAUAUUAUCAAGCGAAAAAAAAUGUCUUACUUGUGGAAAUAUUCUCGACGAGUUAACUUCAUAUUGUCCAUCAUGUGAUAAUACCGGAUAUUCAACACCAAGAGCAUCAACACCAACACAGACUAUAGCAGACACCCCAGAAGAUAUAAUUUCUUUAAAAAAAGAGAAAAAAAAACUUUGUAUUUUGUGUUCAAAAGAUAUUGAUCAAUCAGAUUAUGAAAAUCAUAUAUCAUCUUGUUCGGCUGAUGAUUAUUGUCGAAAUGAUCAAGACGUUCCAACAAGAAAUACUUCAACAGAAAAAAGAAAUGAUGAAAAAAUUGUUCCAAAUAAAAAACAAACAAAAUAUUGUAUUUUGUGUUCAAAAGAUAUUGAUCAAUCAGAAUAUGAAGAUCAUCUUGUAUCUUGUUCAACUGAUGAAGACCGUUCAGAUAAUCAAUUCUUAAUAGAUAAUCAUAAUAAAAAAUCAAAUGAAAAUAACUCGUCGUCACAAAUCGAGAAUUAUUCUUUAAAAGAAGAAAACAUUUUAAAGAAAAAACGAACUAAACAUUGUAUUUUAUGUUCAAAAGAUAUUUAUCAAUCUGAUUAUGAAGAUCAUGUUGCAUAUUGUUCAAAUGAUAACAAUAGAGAAAAUUUUAAUCAUACAUCAGAAUAUCGAAGAGAUCCUUCAACGGUUUGUUAUUUUUAUAUUUU